AUGAUAAAAAAUUUACAAACUUUGUUGACAAAAUCUUUAAACCAUUAUCCUAAAAAUAGAACUUACACAAGACAAGUUAAACUGGAUAAUUUAGACACCAUGGACAAAUUAAAAGAAAAUCUGAAAAAAAGCAUGGGCAUUGAAUCGGGUUUUAAAGCAAUUAAACAGGAUCGUAAACAUUUAGAGCAAUACCUGCCAAAAAAGCAGGAAGAUUUGCCACCAAGAUCAAUGGAGGACAGCUUUAUAGCAGGAAUAAUACCACUAUCAACGGAUAAAGAUUUGCAGGAUAAGUAUUCUUCUUUGGACGGUUCUGUCAGAAAAGGACGACUGAUGGAAGAUAUGGAUAUAUUUGCUGUGAUGGUAGCACAAAAACAUAUAUGCGAUCCAAAUUUACCCGAAGAUGCACCAUUUCCUCAAGUCUUAGUGACGGUUGUGGUGGAUAAAAUUGAAAUAACGGAAUAUAAAAUGAGUGUGGAACAGGACAUAAGGAUUUCGGGGCAUGUUUGUUGGUCGGGAAAAUCCUCCAUGGAAAUAGUAGUGUGGCUUGAACAAAUCGACAAUAAGGAACUAAAGAGAGUAACUAGAGCGUUGUUUGUAAUAGCGGCCAGAGAUCCCACUAACACAAAAGCUGCUGUAAUAAAUCCUAUCAAACCAGCAAAUGAAAAUGAAAAGAUGAUUUUUGCCGGUGGUUUAGACCGAAAAAAAUUCCGACAGGAAAUUGAGGCACUUAAUCUCUACAAAACGAUUCCUACUGUAGAAGAACAACAUAUGAUCCAUAAUAUUUUUACUCAGAAACUAAUUUUUAUCCCGGGAUCUCCGAUGAAGCUUAAGGAUAGAAACCAAACAGUUUGGAUGGGCGACAGUACCAUAUCUACCAACUUUUACUCUCAUCCAGAAAACAGAAAUCUCCACAACACCGUUUUUGGUGGUUUUAUAAUGAGACAGGCAUGUGAAGCUACCUCAGUUUUGGGGUAUAGAUUUAGCGGUGAAUUUCCACGUUUAAAAACUAUAAGCGAUAUACGUUUUUUAAGCGCCGUUCCUGUAUUCUCCUUUCCAGCGAUACAUGCCUUUGUGGUAUACACAGAAGGGACUUAUAUUCACAUGAUGGUGUAUAUUGAUGCUUUUGAUCCAAUAACUAAAGGAUCUCAGAUUACAAAUAGGUUUAACUUUACCUAUUCUGUUUCCAAACCUGUAAGAGAAGUUAUUCCAUUGACUUACAACGAAGCCAUGAUGUAUAUUGAUGGUAGACGACAUUUAAAAACAGAUUCACAAAAACUAUCAUUUAAGGGGACAAAAAAAUAA